AUGGAUUCGCUCUUUGAUGAGCCUUGCAUCCCAGUACAUCCCAUUGCCAUACGUACCGCGCCACCCAUUCCAGGGCUCUUCUUCCCGCCUGUCUUCCUCCCACGGGAACUCGAGGACGAGAUCGCCACUCAAUGCAUGCACCUAUACUUCGAAGGCAGGAAUGUGAACCAAGUGAUGCUCUUCGGACGUACCACAUCAGAUGCCAGCGGAGACGCGGAUGAUAAGGACACAAGGAUGGGCAAGGGUUUGCCGCCGUUUCUGAUCUCGCUUCUUCACUACCUGUCGAACGUGCUUCGACACUCAAUUCCAGAUGCUCUCUACGCUGUCCUAUUCCCACCCCGGGGUGCACCGUCUCGAGCGCGUCAGGCAAUAGUGAAUCUUUAUCACCCAGGUGAAGGAAUCACUCCCCACGUGGAUCUAUUAAAUCGGUUCGAUGAUGGGAUCAUCGGGGUCAGUCUGCGAAGUGGUUGCGUCAUGACAUUUGAGAGAGCCCGCUGGGAUCUGCACUUGCCGGAACGGAGUAUCCUGGUAUUAUCCAAAGACGCGCGGUACGGGUGGACACAUGGCAUCCCGGGUAGGACGCAUGACUUAGUGGAGAGUGAAGAGAAAGAGCAGGAACCGCGUCUGGUUAGGAGGGGCACCCGAUUGAGUAUCACAUUUAGGUGGCUUCUUCCUGGUGCAGAUAUCGUAGGGGGACCUGAUCCGUGA